UAUGGACGACAAAUCUUACGUUGAGUUUGAGCGAAUGAUUGCAACUUCAAACACUAUUUUGAAUUAUAACCAAGCUGUAACCGAUUCUUUGAAUGCAUUCAUCAAAUCUUCGCUUGAAUCGCAAGAUUCCAGGCUAGUUUUGGUAACCUCUGGAGGCACUAGUGUGCCCCUGGAAAAGGAGCCAGUGAGACAUCUGGAUAAUUUUUCAACUGGACUCAGAGGUGCUAGAAGCUCGGAAGAGUUCCUGGCCGACAAAGACUACAAAGUUAUUUUGCUAAAACGUGACAACGCGAAGCUACCUUUUGCCGAAGAGUUACCUUUCGCAACAAAAAUUUCGCAAGAUGGUUUGUUUUCGAAUAGCUUUGACGAUGUUACUUCACAUGACCAUCUGACCAUUGAAAAAUUAGAGCUGCUUCGUGAGAAAUCAUCGCGCUUGUUUUUGCUUAAUUUCGUUACUGUUCACGAAUAUUUUGCGAUUCUGCGGCACAUUUGCAUUGAAGCUAACGGCCUGGGACCUCGAUUUAUGUUAUAUGCGGCCGCCGCUGUUUCAGAUUACUACAUUCCAGUUGACAAUUUACCGGAACAUAAAAUUCCCUCAGGACUUAGUUGUCUCACUUUGAAUCUCUUCCCUGUACCUAAAGCUCUGCAUUAUGUACUCAAAAGAUGGUGCUCUGAUUGUUUUAUGGUCACGUUUAAAUUAGAAACUGAGGAAAAUACGCUCAUUGAAAAGUGUGAGAAGGCACUUAAAACUUAUAAUCAUCAUUUUGUUGUCGGAAAUAUUCUUUCAAAAAGACACAAGGAGGUUGUUCUUUGCUCAAAACCUAAAAAAAGUUUUGUAGUGGAAAACAUUGAGCUUAAGGAAUCUUCACAAAAUUUGGAGUCUUUGUUUAUACCUGCUAUUAUUCAAGGUCAUUUGGAGUUUGUUGCCUUAUGACAUAGUGAUGUGUUAUUUUUAUAAUAAUUAACACUAUUUGCAAUCA